UUGCUCGCGCGUGCCUCCGAUACGUGACGCUUCCCUGCAUCAUUGGUAUGCGAACGUAUAACCUAAAUCUGACGGGCGAUAUCGUGUAUCGGAAGAUUUGUAAAACAGAUCGGGGGCACUCGAUAAUCGCAAGGAAGUAACAUUUCCCCAGGAUAGAUCCACCGUGAAAGUAUACAGAUAACAAACUCAGACGACAGAUAAUACACUUCCACGAACGAACACUAACAAACACUAAUGUCGAGCGUGAUCGUGUUGAGUGACUCGGACGAGCCGUCGUCACCUAUUGAUAAGUGCUGCGGAAAUGGACGCGUCAGCGAAACUAACGAGAAAUACCACACUGACACUUCGAGGGACAUCGAUCUCCCGGAGGUGCCGUUCUGCCGCAGGACGGAAAGCUCAUCGUCGCCGAACGACGAGGAUCUCUACGAUUUCAACGUCAACAACGUUGAUGAUCCCAAGCGCGCUCGUCGCAGGUCGCCGCAUGCCGCGUCCGAUUCCCACGAUUCCGAGGACAACCGGGUCGAAAAGGCGACGGCGGGAAAGGGGAGCUCGUCUAAGAAGAACAAGAGCGCGUUAAAGGAGGAACGACUGAAACGGCAGCAAACUCUGGCGAGGGAGAAAGCGUUACGGGCGAUCACCUCGAAGAAGUCGCGCGACAUGAAACCCGGGGAGUGCGUAAAAUUCAUGGAGGUCAAUCUCGACGAAGGUAUCAACGCGUUUCCCUUUUCCGCGGAAAUUCAGACCGUACUGCGAGACGCUGAUGUUUCGUUUAACGUAACCACCGAAUCAAUUCCGAACAGUAUCACGUGGCAGCGAAACAUCGAGGAGUGUUUCGUCGACGAGAACAACGAGAUACGCGCGAGAAGGAGGGUGCAGAAGGAAAAGUACGCCGUCGUUAUUUGGAGCAACCGUGAAGCCGUGAGACACGUAGCGGACGGUACUCUCCGCACUUCCGUCUCAAGCUGCAAGGCCUUGAUACCGGAUUACUCCAUGACGCUGGUUAUCUUUGGCAUGGAGGAAUACUUCGCGUGUGGCAAGAAGGCUUCUAAAGAGAGAUCAGAGCAGAAUUCCGGAGGCAAAGGAUCGAGGCACAGAGGCAAAGGUAAUCAGCAGUUCGACGCUUUGCCGAUCAUAUCAAGGCAGCAACUCGAGAUGUGCCUGACCGAGGUGCAGAUUGUAGACAAGUGUAGCAGCAGAUUGAUCGAGAACGCGCAGGACUUGGGGUUGAUGAUCUAUCAGUAUACGAAGUCAAUUUCGGAGAUACCGUAUAAGUUGCAGAAGAAGGACAAUCUGGAGAGUAAGUUCGACUGGUAUGUCAUGGGAGACAACAGGAACACCGUACGCGUGGACAAGGAUGGGAACGGACUGAAGAGAUUGUGGCAGCAGCAGCUGAGCCAGUUUAACUUGAGCACUCUGGAGACGGCGGAGGCAAUAUGCAAUGUUUACCCGAGCCCGGCGCAACUUGUCGAGGCUUACAGGAAUCGCACACCUGAGGAGGGCAUGAAUUUAUUGAGGGAUAUACCAAUCAGAAGAGCGGCGGGGCCUCUGACGGCUGCGCGUAAGGUCGGCCCGGAGUUAAGCAAGAAGAUAUACGUGAUGUUCACGUCGGAAAACGGAGACGCUCUACUGGGGGCCGAGGAUUGAGCCGCAGCUGCCAAUCAAUAUCGUACAGCAAUUUUUACCUAUACGUAAGUCUCUUCUACUUGCAACGUGCUUCUCGCGCACGUCGAAGUCGUAAUGCGAAUGUAUCCCUCUUAACAAUUGUAUGUGUAUAUAAUUUACGAGAAGUGCCGUUCCCGCUGCUAACGCCCCGUGCAAUACUUCUCGUCCCUCGAAUUCUUUGGCCGAUUCGGAAUUAGUAGCGGGCAUCGAAACAUGUCACGGAAGAAUAUAUAAUAAUAAUAAUAAUAAUAAUAAUAAUAUUAAGCGCAAUUAAAUAAUCUCGAACAAUAAAUAUUCUCCUCUCUCUCUCUCUCUCUCUCUCUCUCUCACGUUCCUGCGUCGACACGUCGCACUGAAGAACGUUGAGAGUAGAGAUCGCGUCGUAAUCUUACAUAAUAAUAAAAUACACUAUGAAUCAC